AUGGAUAAUCAAAGAGAGAAGGAAAGAGAUCGGUCCAGACGAGGAGAUAGACCAUCAAGAUUUUCAGAUGCUACACGAGAUAGAUCCAAUGAUCGAGAAAGGUCGGAUGGAAAACGCUUAUUUGUUUCAAACAUACCUUAUGAAUUCCGUUGGACCGAGUUGAAAGAUUUAUUUAAAGAAAAGGUUGGGGAUGUUGCUUAUGUAGAACUUUUUAAUGAUGAGAAUGGAAAACCUAGGGGAUGUGGUGUCGUAGAGUUUACAAAUUCGGAAGCCAUGAAAAAAGCUCUUUUUGUUAUGCACAGAUAUGAACUUAAUGGGAGAAAACUUGUGUUAAAGGAAGAAACUGGUAAUGAAAGAAAUAGACUUAACACUUCAAGAUCAGGAGGUGGUGGAAGUGGAAGAAACAUGAGAGAAGACAAAGAUGGUUGGGGAGUUAAUAAGCCACGAGAGCCAGAAAAUUAUAACACUUAUGGACUGAGUCUACAAUUUCUGGAGUCAAUAAAUGUACAGCCACCAUUAGUUAAGAAAGUGUUUGUUGCUAAUCUUGACUACAAAGCUGACCAUGCAAAAAUAAAAGAAGUAUUUAAGAUGGCUGGUAAAGUUCGUAACAUUGAUCUGGCUGUGGAUAAGGAUGGCAAUAGUCGGGGAUUUGCUGUUAUUGAAUAUGAUCAUCCAGUCGAAGCUGUGCAGGCAAUAUCAAUGUUUGAUAAGCAGAUGUUAUAUGAUAGAAGAAUGACUGUUCGUAUGGACAGAGGUGUAUCUGAUAAGACAGAAGUGAGGCUACCUGAAGGGCUUAAAAGUAUUGGCAUUGGUUUGGGACCAAAUGGAGUUCCAUUGAGAGAUGUAGCAAGGAAUUUGCCACAGAAUUCUGCCCCAAAUAACUUGAAUUUGGCAAAUACUGGUACUACAAUUGGAGCAGGAGUGUUAGGUGCCGUACCGACAGCAAGUGUGGCCCUUAAUGGUCUUGGUACUAGUCUGUCAGCAAAUACUCUGGGAACAAAUGCAGCAUUGAGUGGAAGCUUAAGUUUGCAGGCGUUGGGACUUACAGGUUUGGGAGCAUUGCAAAACCAGCUUUUGCAACAAGGUUUAACAGCGAACGAUCUGGCAACAGUACUAUCACAAGCACAAGCUGCAAAUGUAAAUAGUAACAACAUGGGUCUAAGCUCUGCAGACUUGGGAUCAAAUGUUAUGGGCAAUAGCGGCCUUAGUAAUAAUGUAUUGGGACCAAAUACUACUUUAAGCAGCGGACCACAUUCAGGUAGCCGGCAGCUCGGCGGCGCGCCGGCGCCGGGGCAGGGCUACGGGCGCGACGCGGCGCCCGCGCGCGACAAGCAGUCCGAUAUGGUCAUUAUUACUAAUCUCCCACCAACGGUGACGUGGCAGUUAAUACGCGAGAAGUUCAGCGAGUGCGGCGACGUGAAGUUCGCGGAGAUGACCGCCGCCGAUACCGCCAUCGUGCGCUUCCACAAGGAGUGGGACGCUGAGAGAGCUGUCAAAAUGUUUGACAGGACUCGCAUCGACGGCAGGACUAUCGAUGUCCGCUUCUUU